AGCGUCGUCAUCAUCAGGUGACAACAAUCAGCGUUUGAUCCGCAGCACGCCGACUCGUUCAUUUAUUUAUCGUGUCGUUCAUGUUUAAAGGGCUCGUUUAACACGAUGGCGCAGAAAAUCAACGAGGCGCACGAGCACAUCGCCAAAGCUGAAAAAUAUUUAAAGACGAGCUUCAUGAAGUGGAAGCCUGAUUAUGACAGCGCCGCCUCGGAGUACUCUAAAGCAGCGGUUGCCUUCAAAAAUGCCAAACAGCUGGAGCAGGCCAAAGAUGCUUAUCUACAGGAGGCAGAGGCUCACAGCAACAACAGAUCUUUGUUUCACGCCGCCAAGGCCUUUGAGCAGGCAGGAAUGAUGCUGAAGGACAUGCAGAGGUUUCCUGAGGCUGUGGAGUACAUAGAGAAGGCGAGCGUGAUGUACGUGGAGAACGGCACCCCGGACACCGCCGCCAUGGCCCUGGACCGAGCCGGAAAGCUGAUUGAACCUCUGGAUCUGGUGAAAGCCGUUCAUCUGUACCAGCAGGCGGCGGCCGUGUUUGAGAACGAGGAGCGUCUGAGGCAAGCUGUGGAGCUCGUCGGGAAAGCUUCCAGACUUCUUGUGAGACAACAGAAGUUUGAUGAAGCAGCCGUGUCUCUUCAGAAGGAGAAGAACAUGUAUAAAGAAAUCGAGAAUUAUCCGACGUGUUUUAAGAAAACCAUCGCUCAGGUGCUGGUGCAUCUUCACCGAGGAGACUACGUGGCGGCGGAGAAGUGCGUGCGGGAGAGCUACAGCGUCCCAGGGUUCAGCGGGAGCGAGGACUGCGUGGCCCUGGAGCAGCUCCUGCAGGGAUACGACGAGCGGGACGAGGAGCAGGUGUCUCGUGUCUGUGGCUCGCCGCUGCUCAAGUACAUGGACAACGACUAUGCAAAGCUUGCCAUCAGCCUGACGGUGCCUGGAGGAGGGAAGAAGAAGCCCCCCGCUGCGGCCGGUGGAGACCCUGGAGCCGUGCCGGCGGAGGAAGAGGAGGAUGAGUACGCUGGAGGACUCUGUUAAAGCUUCAUACCUGUGCUGUUCAGAGAGACGCCUCACAUGUAAGCACCACAUCAUCCUCUCUGCUUUAGGUCGCUCUCCCAGGACUCACAUUAAAUAUAAAAACCCACACGGAAGCUGGUUUCUGAAACGAGACUCAACUAGAAGACGGAGCUGAACUGUGAGAGGAAGAUUUGGUAACACUUUCUAUGUUUUUAAUACAUUAUAAGGGUGUUGUUGAGGCAUUAUGAUACAUGCAUAAUGCAUUAUAAAUAACUUUGUUCUAUCUAUAUUUGUGGACUUUUAAGAGUGUAAUCAUUUAUAACACAGUGAACAUGAUUCAUCAACUUUAAGUAAUCCUAAUACAGCUUUCUUUUUCUCAAACACUUCAGAUGAAUGUAAUAUGACCCGUUUGUUCGCUGGUGCCCUUCAGAGGAAGUAUUAACACAUUAAAUAACACCAUAUUAAAUCUGUGACUAUAGUGUUCACUGUGUUUAUAAUCGCUCUUAAGUUCAAAAAUGCAUAAACACUAAUGUAUUAUUUUGAUGAGAAUGGAUCAUAAGGUGUUUUUUUUAUAAUGCAUUCAUUAAGAAUACCCUUAUAAUGUAUUUUAAAUAGAAAGUGUUUUAUUGCAUGAUGGAAACGAGCUUUAAAACCCAAACCUGAGAAACUGGUUGAGGGUUCAGUGAGAUCUGUGUCUGAAUCCAGAGCUAUUCCAGAGUAGUGCUGGAAUACUACAAGUCAACCUUUAAAUGAUACUACAUGCUGGAAAUGAAAGAACAGUGCCUGCCUUACCAAAAGAGGGAAUGUAUUUACUCUACAUUGUGUGUGUGUGUGUGACUUAAUAUUGUUUAAACUCAUUACAUUCAACUUGAUCUUAUGAUACUAAGCAGCAUGCUGCAGGUAAACGCAUGAAAUGCCUUAAAAUCCUCUGAACUCGAGGAACUCGAUCAGUUUACUUGUUGUGCAGGGAACAAUCUGUUCAUUCUGGAUUUGCAUGUUUUCACGACACCUGAAUAAACAGAAUAUGAUUUUUUA